UUGUUUAGUAAUUCUAUUGUAAAAUAACUAGCAGUACUAGUUGUGGUUUCAUACAAGAAGAAGGAAACAAAUGGGUCGCGGAAAGAUCGAGAUUAAGAGGAUUGAGAACCCUACCAACAGACAGGUUACUUACUCUAAACGAAGAAAUGGUAUUUUUAAGAAAGCACAAGAAAUUACAGUUCUCUGUGAUGCUAAGGUUUCUCUAAUCAUGUUUUCUAACACUGGCAAAUUUCAUGAGUUCGUUAGCUCUACCACAACGACCAAAAAUAUCUUUGAUCAAUACCAGAACACUCUUGGAAUUGACCUAUGGAGAACGCACUACGAGAGAAUGCAAGAGACCUACAAGAAACUGAAAGAUGUCAAUGAUAAGCUAAGGAAGCAGAUCAGGCAAAGGAUUGGUGAAGAUUUAGACGAUCUAAGCAUAGAUGAACUGAGCAGUCUUGAGCAAAAGGUGACCGCUGCAGCUGAUGCCGUCCGUGAAAGAAAGUACCAUGUGAUCAAAACUCAGACUGACACAUACAAGAAGAAGCUAAAAAGCUUGGAGGAAAGACAUGGAAACAUCCUGCUCAACUUUGAAGCAAAAUAUGAGGAUCCAAAUCUAAAUUACGGAUUAGUUGAUGAUGGAGAUUAUCAAUCAGCAACGGCACUAUCAAAUGGAGCACCUAACCUGUACGCUUUUCGCCUGUACAAUGCUAACUUCCCUCAAGGAGGAGGAGGAGGAGGAGGAUUUGGCCCCAACAAUCUCAGCCUUGGUUGA